CACCUGGCCCAAAAGCCAGUGGCUUCACAAGUGAACACCAGUGCCUGCCACAAGCUCCCAGCUCUGGCUGUUUUAUAUGCAUGCUCUGGGCCCUGGACUCCUGCCAUGGUUGGUAGGGCUGGAUUUUGCUGUGCCUAGCAGGAGAAAUGGGGAAGGAGUGCAUGGUCUCCAGUGACAAUGUCUUUGUUGAUGUCAAUGCUGCAGAUGGAUACAAAUGGUUCUGUUGUUCUCAGCCCUGGAAGGGAGGGUUGUGAAUGAGCUCUCUGUGCUGCUUGAAGUGGGAGGAGAGACGAGCCAGGGAGCCAGCUAGGGUGGUGGUGAGAGCUCACUCUCCGGACAUUCUCCCUCCAGGAGAUGGUGGGAGGGUCCAGCCCCAGCUCCACUCCUGGGAGGAGAGACUGAGAUCCUGGAGAUAGUAGGCACCACUGGGAAGAAACUGUUUGCCCUGAGGCUCCAGAGUUCCAAGCUGAUGGCAUGGCCCUGGCACCAUGGAGAUGGCAUAGGGAAGGUGGCCACAACUUCUAGGGAGGGGCGAGCUGUCUUGUAAGAGCUGGCACUGGGAUAGCUGCCCAGGAAAUUCCAUGUCGAAGCAACAUCCCAGCGCCCUUUGCAUGCAGUCUGGUCCCACUGAGCCCUGGAAGAAAAGGGAAGUUUGCAGAGAGGCGCUUAAGCCAAGGCAAAGCUUGGGUUUAGCCAACAUCCUGCAGUGUCCUCAGCCCAGCCUUGGGCCAGUGCAUGGGAACCAGGAAGUGAAAUUGACAAGAAACAGAACAGGAAACUGACCAGCCUGUUUCACUAGCCCUGCUGAGUAAAAGGCAAAAGCUGGUUGGAAAGGAUGUCACCAUCCAAGCAGCCAGGAGAAAGCAGGACCUGAUGAGAGAGGUGACAUGGUGACCACAAUGCUGCAGAAGAAGAAGCACUGGAGGUCCAUGUGCAAGGGGCUUGUUCUGGGAACUGUCCUGACCAGCUUUAUGCUACUGCUGUACUCCUACGUGAUUCCACCCCUGCAAGUCAGCAUGAUGGAGAUUCCUAUCCCUUACUCCUGCUCCUCCUAUCCUGCCCAGGCCAGGGUGCCAGGUGCAGCAAACAGCACCCACAGUCCCCCGGGGCAAGGAUGUCUUCCCAAGCUGGACAUCAUGUUCAUGAAGACACACAAGACAGCCAGCAGCACCAUUCUAAACAUCCUCUUCCGCUUCGGCGAGAAGCACCGCCUCAAGUUUGCCUUCCCCAAUGGCCGCAAUGACUUCUAUUACCCCUCCUACUUUGAACGCAGCCAGGUCCAGGACUACCAGCCCGGCAUGUGCUUCAAUAUCAUUUGCAACCACAUGCGCUUCCAGUACCAGGAGGUGCGCAAGCUACUGCCAGCUGAUACCAUCUUUCUGACAGUGUUGCGGGACCCCGCCUACCUCUUCGAGUCCUCCUUCCACUACUUUGGACGCAUCAUCCCCCUCACCUGGAAGCUGCAAGGCGAGGACAAGCUGGCAGAAUUCCUCCGUGAUCCAUGGCACUACUAUGACCCUAACGGGUUCAACGCUCACUACCUCCAGAACCUGCUCUUCUUUGACCUGGGCUAUGACAACAACAUGAAUGCCAACAGCCCCUUGGUGGACCAGUACAUCCAGGAGAUCGACCAACAUUUCCAUCUGGUCAUGCUGUUGGAGUACUUUGAUGAGUCCCUAGUGCUCCUGAAGGACCUGCUGUGCUGGGAGCUGGAGGACAUCCUCUACUUCAAGCUCAACGCCCGCAAGGACUCCACUGUCUCGAAGAUGACGGGUGAGCUCUAUGAGAAGGCCACCUACUGGAACCUCAUUGACGCCAAGCUCUACCGCUACUUCAAUGCCACCUUCUGGCGCAAGGUGGAGGCCUAUGGGUGGGAGCGAAUGGCCAGGGAUGUGGCCGAGCUGCACCAGGAGAAUGAGAAGAUGAAGAGCAUCUGCAUCGAUGGAGGGCACCCUGUGGAUGCCAACGCCAUCCAGGAGUCCUCCAUGCAGCCAUGGCAGCCGCUGGGCCAGAAGUCCAUCCUGGGUUACAACUUGAAGAAAAAGAUCAACAAGAAGCACCGGAAGCUGUGCCGCAAGAUGUUGACGCCCGAGAUCCAGUACCUGACUGAUCUGGGCGUCAACCUCUGGAUCACCAAACUCUGGAGCCACGUGCGGGAGUUCUUAAAGUGGUAACAUGUGAACUGCAGCUGUCCCCAACUCCCUCCCCUCUGCUGCCCCCAUCCCCACCCAAGAGAAGAACCAAGUGAUUUCAUUUUCAUUUCUUCUUUACGUCUGUUGGCUGGAUACGGGACAUGAUGCAUCGUCAAUGAGCAGAACUGGCUUGAGGCUCCAACAGGGAAUAGUAAGUUAGAGACCAUGCCUCCCACCCCCUAUUCUGGAGAUUUGGUUACACAGGAGGGAAGAGGAACCUCUGACACUUGCAGAUGGAGAUUCACUGGGGUGUGAGUAAGGAAAGGGUCAGUUGGCCACCCCUCCUCCCACUAGCUCCUCAACACCAUCUGUCUAGGGUGCUCCUGGGUCAGCUUCCACCACUGCAUCCUCAGGUCAGUGCUGCAACACUGAGUCUAACCAUCUUAGCCCGCUCCCCUGAAUGAGCUGAGGGCAGGCCCUGAGGAGCAAGACCAGGACACGGGACACUAUAAUUGAUUACAGUAUCUUACUAAUUGUUUGGGGGUUGCUUUUCACAAUGUUUUUUUUUUCUUGCUUCCAUUUGAAAGCGUUGGGGGCAGCGUCUGUGACAGCGGGAUCCCAGCCCGGGUCAGUCACUCAUGUUAAUAGCAGUAUAUCUGUCACAGCGUAAACAGGAGAUAAGCUAUAGGGGUUGCGUGUGUGUGUGUGUGUGUGUGUGUGUUUGUACUGAUGGCUGAGUUUUUGUGCUGCUCACUGAUGGGUGUAUGCUUUAAUGUGUAUGCAAUGCAUUGCAAUGUGUGAAGGAAUCUCUGGGGGAUGGGGGAUGUGUUAUACUGUAUAUUCUGGGUGUGUUGCGCUUGUGAACAAUACAUUACUCUGUGUGUGUGUAAAUAGUACAUGACAGUGAACACUGGAAUUAAUGGGGGGAUGGCCAGUAUAUUUGCUGGUGGUUUGCGGGGAGCCUUAGCCUGUUACAUGACAGGAUUCUCUCUGUGUGUGAGAGACUGAUCUGUUACACUGUGUAUUUGUUGUGUGAACAGUACUCUGCAGCAAACAUUGGUCUCUCUAGAUGUGUCACUAUGUCACUGUGUGUAUCUCAGUGUGUGCAGGGUGCACAUACAGGAAUCCGUGCAUGGUUGACAUGUGGUGGCUGUGUACAAUACAGUACAGAGAAUAUCCAGAUCUUGUGUAGGGGAUAUAAGAGGGAGUGUGUGUGUGGGGAAGGUGUGUGUGUGUGGGGAAGG